AAGGAAAGAAGAGGGAGGCGGAGCUAUUUCCGGUCGGCUUCUCUCUCUAGCCAUGAAAGCCUAUAUAAGGAGACCGGAAGUGGAGGCGGAUUUCGAGAGCUGUCAUGGCGGUCGUUGGAUACUGAAAGGGGGAAAGCCGUCCGUCGUUGGUCGUUCUGGUGAACCUCUUUCCCCUCGCUUGGGUGGCGCGCGAGAGCUUUCGCUGGUCUCCACUCGGACCCCGUCCAGAAGCCUAGGACUACAACGCUAAUCGUACUCCAUGCUAGUUGGACCCAUAUGGCUGUGGAUGAUGGGACAUGAGUCCAUUGUCUUGGCGAGAUGAGCUUGGAUGUAAAAAAACCAACAACAGACCACAACCAUGAACUAAAGUGUGCGGUCCUUAUUGUUGGAUGAAUAUCGUUUUUCUCAGUUGCCUCUUAAGCUGAAUAUGCACUGAAUUCUCACAGAAAAGGAGUGCCGCCAUGGACGAGGAGAGCUUGGAAACAGCAAUUCAGACUUACAGUGCCCAGUUGCAGCAGGUGGACUUGGCUUUGGGAGCUGGGCUGGACCCAACGCAACAGGCCGAUCUAAUCCAGCUGCAGGCCGAUUUAAGGCAGCUGAUAGAACUGACCGAAGCCAGCCUCCUUUCCGUGAAAAAAAGCAAGCUUUGUUCAGUUUUGGACACCGAGGCGCUUUCAUCUGCCCACCCUCAACAGAGCAGUGGAGAAGCUGGUCAUCUGAACGCCAGUGACGAAUAUGCUGCUUUUAAGGAAGCAAUUGAACAAAUAGGGGAAGAGGAUGGUCCAUUAAGGACUCAGGAGGACAGAGAUGGGAUGGGUGAUGAAGAGGAGGAGGAGGAAGAAGAGGAGGAGGAGGAAGAAGAAGAAAUAGCCAGCGGGAUGAAAGUGAAAGCUCCUUACUACAGUUCCUGGGGAACCCUGGAGUAUCACAAUGCUAUGAUUGUAGGUAGCGAGUGUUUGGAAGAUGGAGGGCCCGGAGUUAGGGUGCUCUACCUCUACCCAACUCACAAGUCUUUGAAGCCGUGUCCCUUUUUCCUGGAUGACAAAUGUCGAUUUAAGGAGAAUUGUCGGUUUUCCCAUGGGCAGGUGGUAUCCAUUGAGGAGCUGCGUCCCUUCGAAGAGCCUGACCUCGGUUGUUUAGCUGUGGGGUCAGCCUGCCUGGCGAGACACCAGGAUGGGAUCUGGUACGCUGCUAAAAUCACAGACCUUGACAGCGGUUACUACACAGUGAAGUUUGACUCCCUGCUCCUGAAGGAAGCGGUGGUGGAAGGGGAUGGCAUCAUCCCUCCGCUCCGUAGCGAGGAGACGUCUUCCUCCUCCUCCUCCUCCUCAGAGUCUGAAGGCGAUGAAUUGGAUAGUUCUGCAUACGCUAAAGUCAUUGACGGCAGCAUUCCGGAGAACGGGGAAGGGACGUCCGCCUGCCUUUCGUCCUUCGGUAGCUGGGAAGCCCAUACGCGCGGCAUAGGCUCCAAACUUAUGGCCCAGAUGGGUUACGAGCUGGGUAAAGGCCUGGGCAAAAACGCAGAGGGUCGGAUCGAGCCCGUAUUAGCUGUUGUGCUCCCCAAGGGGAAAUCGCUGGAUCAGUGCGCGGAGAUCUUGCAGAAGAAGAGAGAGGGGAAGCUGGAUCUGUCCAAGCCCCAGAAACGGAGGGCAAAAGGCAAGAACGCGGCCCGGAUCCGGCAGCAAAACCCCAAACCCCGAAACGUGUUUGACUUUUUGAACGAGAAGCUGCAGGGCCAGGAUUCUGGGGGGCCGCAGGGAGGGGCUCCCCCGCCGCUGGAAAGGAGCAGCAAGGAGAUCUACCACGCCAGCAAGACCACCAAGAAGGCCCUGAGCGUCCGGCUCUUCCAGGCCAUGGAAAAAAUCGAGCAGACUCAGAGGGACAUCCGAGGGAUUCGCGAGGCCCUGGCACGCAACGUUGGGCGGCACACCAUCGCCACCUCCAAGCUGGAAGAGAAGUUGUCCGGGGCCCACAAGAAACUGGUCGAGCUGCGGGCUUUGGAGGCGAGUCUUCAGCAGGAGCAGAAGAAAGCUGACACGCACAAAAAGAUGACCGAGUUCUAG